AUGGAUCCUUACGUCGCGGAAAUCAGGAAGCUCGAAAACAAGUUUUCAGGACUGGAGAUCCGUCACGUCAUCCGUGACAACAACAUUGCAGUCGAUGUCCUGUCAAAACUUGGUUCCGAUAGAGCAGAGGUCCCUCCGGGAGUCUUCGUCCACGAGCUAUAUCACCCUUCAAUCAACACUUCCACCCCAAUGGAAGUCAACUCAGCUCCUCAAGAAACUAGUCAAGAGGUCAUGAUGAUCGAAGUCGACUGGCGUGCUACAUUCAUCGACUACAUCAAGAAUCAAGUGCUUCCUCCAGGAAUUCAAAAGGGCAACGCAGAAGCAAUACUCAUCAUGCGUCGUAGCAAGAACUAUGUCCUCAUCGACGAUAAGCUUUACAAAGGCACAGGAUCUGGUGUCCUCAUGAAAUGUGUCACAGCAGAAGAAGGAAAAGAGAUUCUACAAGAAGCUCAUGAAGGCACAUGUGGAAACCACGCAGUUUCACGUACUUUGGUUGGCAAAGUCUUCAGAUCAGGAUUUUACUGGCCAACAGCAUUAUCAGAUGCAGAAGCACUCGUCAGACAGUGUCAAGGAUGCUAA